AUGACUACAACUAAUAUUAUCGGAGUAUCAUCUGUAAUACCAGUUACGCAUGACAAUGGAGUGUCUUCUGACUUACCUUGUGGCCUAAAAAAUGCAGCUGAAACCUCUGAGUUUCUCGUUGACAUUGACAAGAAUGGAACUGAGUCGUCUGUCUCCCCAUCUUCUUGUAAACAUAAUUCUAAAAUCAGUGAAAUUGGAAGACGCUCUGAAGGUCACCGUAGAUUUAACAGGGUAGAACUUUGUGGCUGCUGGCGAAAGCGCAGUCAUUACUCCCCUCAAGUCCAACGCCCCCAAUGUACAAACGAAUCCAAUUCCCUGUCUUCAAAAGACGGAACUUCCGACCGAACUUCAUCGGAGAUCAAUGCCGAAACGGUAGACAAUGCCAGCACUCCUACUAAUUUGAAGGCACCUUUCGAAGGUACUGCCAAAGAAAAGGGUGCCUUCUUCACCUGGUCCCCAUUCUCGCGCCUUCGUUUUUUUAAGAAGAAGAAAAAGUCGUCGAAGGAUAAUGACAAGUCUUCCAAACCUGAUGAUGAAGAUGAACCUGAUACUGAUUACGUUGUAUUGUCUUCCGCAAAAUCUGGACAAUCUCUACCCGAAGAUGACAUUACAAGGCCCGGCGAAACCCCAGGAUCGGUAUGGCCCAUUUUGUCGUUUGAUGUCUUUACUGGCAAAUGUGAUGUUUCAAUAGUUUAA